CGGUGAUCCCUCCUGAAGAAACCCUGUCUUCCCGGCCUGCCCACCCCAGCCCUGCGGCCACACCACAGCCGUCACCCCGAUCUUCUGCUCCCUUAGCUAAGGCCAGGCUGAAAACCCCGUUAUUUAGACCGAAAAGCCGCUGGCCCGGCCAGGCGCGGACUCUGCCGCCAGCCCCAGCCCGGCGACCUCCACAGGAGCGCGGACGUAGACCUUCCUUUACCGCUUCUCGUCGCAGGCUUCCUCAUUCCGCGCGGACUGCGCUUGUCCCCAGACGAGACCCAGUCACAUUGCCUCCUUCGUCUAACCUUUUUCUCACUGGACCCUCCCCUUGCAGCUUCUUCCGAGCAGUUUAUUUUGUAGGUGAGAGGUAACAAGACAGUGAUAUGAUCAGAUCUGUACUUUAAUAAGAGACCAAAGAAAACCAGAGGGACUUUUCCCAGUUGGUGAUAUGGAGCAAGUGCCAUCAAUAGGCAGACUCGUGCAGAUCACUGUGACAGAGGGAUAUGAUUUGAAAGGUUUUAAAGGAGAUACUCCAGUUACCUUUAUUCGGGUAGAAUUCAAUCAAGUGGUUCUGGGAGACUCUGCAAAAAUUACUGUUUCUCCAGAAGGAAGUGCAAAAUACAACUUCACUAGCAGUUUUGAGUUUAAUCCUGAAGGAGGAAUCAGUUUAGAUGACCUCGCUCACAAACCUGUGUUCUUAACUGUGACUGAAGUUUUACCAAAGGAAAAGAAACAGAAAGAAGAGAAGACCUUAAUUCUUGGUCAGGCUGUGGUGGACCUUCUUCCCUUACUGGAAGGACAGAGUUCAUUUCAAACAACAGUUCCAUUGCACCCUGUGCAAGGCUCACCCUUAGAAACUCCUAGAUCAAGUGCUAAGCAGUGCAGUCUUGAAGUUAAAGUAUUAGUGGCAGAGCCUUUACUGACCACAGCCCAGAUCUCAGGGGGCAAUCUACUGAAGGUCACGCUGGAGGCUGCUUACUCUGUGCCUGAAUCCUUCAUUCCAACAGGUCCUGGGCAGAACUACAUGGUCGGUCUGCAAGUUCCAUCACCUGGAGAGAAGGACUAUCCCAUUUUAUUUAAGAAUGGAACUCUGAAGCUUGGAGGGGAAAGGGAACCUGUUCCCCGGCCCAAAAAGUGGCCAAUUGCCAACAUUCUGGCUCCAGGAGCUAAUAACAUUCCUGAUGCAUUCAUUGUUGGUGGUCCCUAUGAAGAAGAAGAAGGAGAACUUAACCAUCCUGAGGACAGCGAAUUUAGGAAUCAAGCAGAGUGCAUAAAGAAAAGGAUUAUUUGGGACUUGGAAAGUCGCUGCUACCUUGAUCCUUCUGCAGUGGUCAGUUUUCAGAAGCGAAUUGCUGAUUGCCGGCUUUGGCCUGUAGAGAUCACAAGAGUUCCUCUGGUCACUGUACCCAAAGGGAAAGCUGGCAAAACUGAAAAGACUGAUGAAGAAGGUCAGCUUUCGUUUCAUGGUGUGGCUUAUGUUAAUAUGGUCCCAUUGUUGUAUCCAGGUGUGAAGAGAAUUCGGGGAGCUUUUCAUGUUUACCCUUACCUAGACAGUGUAGUCCAUGAAAAGACCAAAUGUUUAUUGAGCUUCUUCCGGGAUAUUGGCCAUCACUUGAUUCAUAAUAAUAAAAUAGGAGGAAUUAAUUCUCUGCUGUCCAAACAGGCUGUUUCUAAGAAUCUGAAAGAAGAUAAACCAGUGAAAGAAAAGGAUAUAGAUGGAAGGCCUAGGCCUGGGGAUGUGCAGGCACCUAGUAUAAAAUCUCAGAGCUCAGAUACUCCUUUGGAAGGUGAACCCCCUCUAAGUCACAAUCCUGAAGGACAGCAAUAUGUAGAAGCAGGGACAUACAUUGUGUUGGAAAUUCUGCUGGACAAAGCCUUGGUUCCAAAGCGAAUGCCAGAGGAGCUAGCCAGAAGGGUCAAGGAAAUGAUUCCUCCAAGGCCUCCUCUUACCCGUCGGACAGGAGGAGCUCAGAAGGCAAUGAGUGACUACCACAUACAGAUCAAGAAUAUUUCUAGAGCCAUUCUAGAUGAGUACUACAGAAUGUUUGGAAAACAGGUGGCCAAACUGGAGAGUGAUAUGGAUAGUGAAACCUUGGAGGAGCAGAAGUGCCAACUCAGCUAUGAACUUAAUUGCUCUGGAAAAUACUUUGCUUUCAAAGAACAACUCAAGCAUGCUGUGGUAAAGAUUGUGAGAGAUAAAUACUUGAAGACAACAUCAUUUGAAAGCCAGGAGGAACUGCAGACAUUUAUCAGUGAGCUCUAUGUGUUCUUAGUAGAUCAGAUGCAUGUAGCCCUAAACCAGACCAUGCCAGAUGAUGUCCAAGGCACUGUUGCAACCAUUUAUAAAAGCAGUGAACAGCUUCAACUCUUUGCAUUUGAAGCAGAAGUCAAUGAGAACUUUGAGAUGGCAGCAGCAUAUUAUAAAGAGAGAUUGGUCCGUGAGCCCCAGAAUCUGGAUCACUGGUUGGACUAUGGUGCCUUCUGCCUUCUAACUGAAGACAACAUCAAAGCACAAGAGUGUUUUUGGAAAGCCCUUUCCCUCAACCAGAGUCAUAUCCCCAGCUUGUUGCUGUGUGGUGUCCUGGCUGUCCUGUUGGAGAACUAUGAGCAAGCAGAAAUUUUCUUUGAGGAUGCUACUUGCUUGGAACCAACUAAUGUUGUAGCCUGGACUUUACUUGGUUUGUACUAUGAAAUUCAAAACAAUGAUAUUUGAAUGGAAAUGGCAUUUCAUGAGGCCUCCAAACAGCUUCAGGCACGGAUGCUUCAGGCACAAGUAACAAAGCAAAAGAGCACUGGUGUUGUAGAAGACACUGAGGAAAGAGGGAAGAGAGAAUCUAGUUUAGGCCCUUGGGGAAUCACAAAUGGUUCUGCAACAGCAAUCAAGGUGGAAGCCCCAGCAGUGACUAUUGUUGGGAACAGGCCCCCAAAUCUGGCCAUAAACUGGCCCCCAAACUGGCCAUAAACAAAAUCUCUGCAGCACUGUGAAAUGUGAUGGCCACGACGCCCAGGCUGAAGGUUCUGGGUUUACUGGAAUGAGGGCGAGGAAACACCUGGCCCA